GGCUGCGGCCGCGGGCAGUCCGACGACUUCGCUCCGGAGGUGAGGGUGCUCGCAGCUCGCAGGACCAGCCCAAACCAGCACCAUGUCCAGCUACAGCUACAAGGUCACGCGCGAGACCAUCUCGCCGCGCGGCGGCGGCUACACCACCACCUCCUACUCCACGCCCACCGCCUACUCUCCGGCGGGCAGCUACCUGAGGAGCGUCCCGACUGUGGCCCACCAGCGCCUGACUCCAGUCUCCGUGCCGGCUUACUCGUCGCCGGCAAUGCCGUACUAUCUGUGGGAGCCGGAGGAUGUCGUGGUGCUGCCGCGCCGGCGCACCCUCGCCCGGUUGUCGGACGAGCUCGACGACGACCCCGUGCUGAAGUGGUACGAGGACCGCAUCCACCACGCGCAGGCCGAGGCCAUCGCCAACGCCAACAAGCGCAUCAGUGACCUCUGCACGCCGCGGCCCCGCCACAUCUCGGUCGUGCCGCCAUACACGCCCAAACGCUACAAGGAGCCGGUCAGCUCGCAGUACAAGUACAGCAAGUACCGACCCCCGAUCACCGAGGACAUGAAACCCAUCCGGCGAAACAUCGAGAUCAAGUCACGCUUCGACAAGGCGCAGAGCGCCGCCCAGAACGAUUACAAGCGAAUGGGAUCCGGCCACCUGGCCUGCGUGAGCCUGCUGGGCGGCCGGGUGGUGUCGAAGCGGCCGCACUCGCGCUUCUACAGCGGCGAGCGCGCCCGCUCGCAGGACAUGGCCGCCCGCCUGCUGCCGCUGGCCGCGAGACGACCCGGCCCACUCGCACCGGAAAAUUCGCCUGCUGCCCAUAUCCGGCAUUCCGGGGGCGUUUCGGAUGGUCGCCACUGGAGAGCGGCCGCACCCGAGGAAGGCCGUGUCGGAGGACCCGGAGCUCACUCGCCGCGCCACGGGCGCCAGAAAGGACACCGAUCUCGGAGAUGGACAGCCGAUCUCGGAGCGGUCGAGGAGGACUCUGGAGUCUCCUGCCCCCGUCUGGGAGGAGACGAGGAGUACUACGAGCUCAGCCCGGAGCCCGAGUUCGAGCGGGACGCCUCCCCCUACCUGAGCUCCGAGGCGGAACCCAUCCCAGAUCUGGAGCCCACCAUGGAGAGCCCUCCGCAGAAGCGGAGCAUGAGCCAGAGGUGA